AUGUUGCUACCCUUCCAAGCCAUGAAAGUGGCCUUUAGAGCCCUUCCAGAGAAUGAUGCCUCGUUGAAAGCCGCGGCGUAUCAAUACUACUCCAGCGGCUUGGAGCGCCACCAGGCCCAGCUCCACCAGCUUGUCCCAUGGCAGAGGCAUCAGCACCUGGCUUCCAUCCUUAAUCUUCUUCUCAUGUCAAUGGCACUGUUGGAAUUCGAGAUGAUGGCGCCUCUCGCUACUGAUUCUUGGUUCCCUCAUGCUUAUGGCGCCCUAGGCCUCCUGGAACAGGUUGGACCUCAAGGCUGUCAGGAAUCGCCAUUUUUCGAGAUUUUCUGGCAGCUACGCUUUUUUAUGUCCUACGUGGCACUGUCUACUCGCAAAAUGUCAUUCCUCGGGUCUCGGAGUUGGAUGGAGACACCCUUUUUGCACCGUGAGAAAACCGAUUUCGACCAUAUCAUUGACACACUUCUUUUGGAAGACAAUCAGAUAGUUAAAGGGGAGACCUUGGGUCCUGAGACUAUCGAGCCGCGGCGGAUGAGCGAUGUAAACUUGGCUUACGGGCAGGGAGCAAAUUUCAAGUUUGCCCAUCCUGGCCACAUUGCUGAUUUUGAACGCAUAGUCCGAGUCCUUGUGAACGUACGAGAUCUCGUCUCAGCAAGUGCAUCGAAUUCCAACCCCAAGAGGCGAGAAUCUCUGUCGACAGCUAUCCUUGCCGAUUCCAAGCACUUGAUGGAUCAACCUUCCUUACCGUUCAACGUUGGGCUGCAAGUUACUGGUGCGGCGAGUUUGGUCGCUCAAUAUGCGCCCAGCUCUCUGCAAAAACAGGAGGCGGCACAGCUAUAUGCUGACUGGCAUGGGCGAUUUGUCUUGACAGAAUGA